ACGGCUUCUGUUACCUCAAAACCACAACACGCACCUUCAGCUUUCUUCGCUUUGUAAAAAAGGCACAAAGUUUUAGCUAAAAACGAUACGGGUUAAAAUUAUGCGCAUUUAUUGCAGGAAACGGCUUGUCAGUGCAUCAAUUCGCAGUGACUUUACGUUACCUCAAACUCCGGCAAACUGACAGUUUGACAGCGCGUGGCCAGUUUUGAAGCGCGUCUCCUCACCAACCGUCGCCCCGUUAAGGAAACCGAUCUUUUGCUCCGCCGACACGCCGCCAACGCGAUUAGACUGCACAGCAAAUAGUGGCAAGAACUCUGAAACCACAUGUGCUCGUCUCCAAACCGGAGAGACGCGGUUUUAUUUGUCUCCAGAGAGAAAAAAAGAGUUGGCUUCAAGCCGCGCUGACGGAGACGUGGAAGGACGGUGGGCUCUUGAAAGGAGCGUGAAGACCGUUGGAUAUCCACGCGGUGCGUAAUAUUUACGCUUUUUUGGCACUGCUGCCUGAACAGUUGAAUUAAACGGGUAAAAUGUAGUCUGGGUGGAUGACUCAGUACAGUCACUUUUUGAAGCUGACCGGAGGAAAGCGGUACCGGCGAAUGGCUCUUUAAACGUGUUGAAGGUGGACGCGUUUAAGGAAUAUUCAGUGUUUAACGGCAGUGCCAAGUUGGACGGUCUCAACAAAAUUGGCAUUGUUAAAAAAAUGCUAAAUUCAGCUGUGUAACCUUUACGAACUCAUUUUACACCAAACGUGCUUUGUUGUCUCUCAUGGAUAAGUUAUCAAUUGGUCUCCAAGUAUUUCUUCACUGCGACCAGAUACCCCAUGAAAUGGAAUAACAUAAUUUUACUCAAACCCAUUCGAAGCAAACAGACGCAAUAUUAACGUUACAACGCGAGUGAUACGCGCAUUAAAAUACUAAAAGAAGAUAAAAAUGAGUCUCGAUUUAUUGGAAAUAUUAGCGUAACGCGCACGCGCCUGGAAGUGUCAGUCACCUGCUCACAAAGGUAAACGCACCUUUACAGAUCUGAGCUUUAAACUACAUUCAGAAUGAUGACCAGCGGACCCAACAUCGUCUACGAAUGGCUGAAAACCCUUCAGCUAUGCCAGUAUGUCGAAGCUUUUGUGGAUAACGGAUACGACGACUUGGAAGUUUGCAAACAGAUCGGAGAUCCAGACUUGGAUGCCAUAGGUGUUUUUAUACCGCACCACCGGCAGCGGAUUCACGAUGCGGUGAAAAGGUUAAAAGAUGACGAUAAGGAAACUGCGACUGGGCUUUAUUUUACCCUGGAGCCGAUGGCCCCGGUGUCACCUGUGUACCCGAGUCGUAUAGCGGAGCAGUACGAGUCCAGGCUGCGGGGCUCCAAGUCAUGGACUGAGCAAAGCAGUGACAGAGCCAGGCGUAACGUGGGGUACAUGGGGGCGCAUAGGAAUCUGACGCUGGGGAACCGCAAGGAGCUGGAGGUCUAUCCCAAAUUAAAGCUGAAGAUUAUGAUCAGAGACAAAAUGAUCAGGGACGGAAUAAAUCUUGCCAGGCCACCAUACUCUAAUAAGGACGGCUCUCUGGGUAAUAUCGAUGACCUGGCACAAGAGUACUCGGAGUACUACAACACAUACUUCAGCGACGUCAGCGAUCGGAUGGAGGAACUGCGAAAGCGGCAAGUGUCUCAAGAGCUAGACAUGGAAAAAGCAGACACCAGCCCCGGCUCUUCACAGAUCCGCUCAGACAUCCAGGAGUCAUUUGGCUUCAGCAGUGAGGUGUCCACACCAGAGACAGAAAAAAAAAUUCCCCUACACAAGUCCAGCUCUGAGGAUGGAUCAGGGAAAUGGGACAACAAGAAGAAAAACAAAUCCUUCUGGCAGAACUUCCGAAAGUCACAGAAAGGAAUCACAAGGCAAACGUCAAAAGGAGAGGAUGUUGGCUAUUUGGCCAGUGAGAUCACCAUGAGUGAUGAAGAACGGAUCCAACUGAUGAUGAUGGUCAAAGAGAAAAUGAUCACAGUGGAAGAGGCGUUGGCACGGUUAAAGGAAUAUGAGAGGAACAGACAGUUGAGCAGCAGUACAGACACAUCAGAGUGGACUGAUGGAUCCAGUCCCACUGUUAACCUCUCCUCCGCCUGCAAUUCUGUGGAUCAGUCAGAUGAUGAGCAGGAGGACUCGAAGUUCAAAAGGCUUCACAAGCUGGUCAACUCAACACGACGUGUCCGCAAGAAACUCAUCAAAGUGGAUGAUAGCAAAAGGCACGGUUCGCAAGAUUCCUUGAGUCUGGAUGCAACCCCCAUAUGUGAUGACUCAAACGCACUGUACGCCGGAGUCCACAAGAAGCCAGCUGUGUGCACAGACUCCUCUUUGUCUUCCCUUGCCCAAGAGCAGCUUUCUCUGGAUGGGGACACGGACAGUUUGACCACUUCUCCUUCAACCAGCAGUCUUGAGGCUUGGAAACCCACACAUAAAUUAGUGAAAACCCAAAGCGCACACCCCCACGGGCUGAUCCGCCCGCCUCGAAAGAGCAGUGCCGGAUCUGGACUAGGUUUGGUGGGGGGCAGCGGCUCCUCUUUCUCCGAAUUGGAGAGUUUGGGGGACGACAACGUUAAAGUGUCCUGCUCUGCAACAGACGCAGAAAUGCGAAAAGCCUUGUCAUCUCUGUCUCAUGGGGUAAGUACUGACAGCGUCUACGCUUUUUAUGGCCUCACCAGGCCCCGCCCAAAGCCACACCCCCUUUUGGUGUCUUUAGAUGAUAUUAACAGCACCAAGCGGCCGCCCAUUUCUACAUGGCAACGCAAUAAACCUGACCCGAACUAUGCGUACUCUACCAAGCACUUGCUUUACCAGCGUUCCUGCAAUGCUAAGAAAAUCAACUCUCCUUCCGCCACCCUUCCCACCUCCCCUUCUGCUCGGGCAUUGCCAUUGGCCAGGGAGAAGGGCAAGAGCUGUGGGAGCGGGGUAGUGGGCAGCUGGUUGUUUCCACCUCGGCGUCUGAAGGGAAGGACGGCGGUUAGCGAGCUCAACAUUACGUAUGUGGUGGAACGCAGCCUGUAUGGCCACCUGAAUUGGACCGGGUUGGUUAGGCCCGUCACGCUGAGCAAGGCCGACAGACGUUGGCUUCUGGAGGACGAAAAAGAAGCGAACCAGAAGUGGGCAUCCAGCAUGGAUCGUUGUACCAAGCGAGUCCUCUUGCGCAUCCAGCAGAAGUCUAGAACAUGUAGCUUUGGAGGAUUUGACCUAUCUAAUCGUUCCCUACAUGUGGUCAACACAGCGUCUGAGUCGAGCGAGCAAGAGGCUCUGUACAGAGACCCUGUCAAAUCACCCACCACAUCUCGCAUCUCUCUAGGGAAGAAAGUCAAGUCUGUCAAAGAAACUAUGAGGAAACGCAUGUCCAAGAAAUAUGCUGGUUCUCUCUCUGAACAGUCCAGUCUAGAUGGGACGCCCAGUUGUCCUCAGUCUCCUCAACCAGACACAGACUCUCUGGAGAAGCCCAAACUAAAGGCAGGAGGCUCUGUAGAGAGUCUGCGCAGCUCCCUUAGUGGACAGAGCUCCAUGAGUGGACAGACAGUGAGCACCACAGACUCAUCCGCCAGUAACAGAGAGAGCGUGAGAAGCGAAGACGGCGAUGAUGAAGAACCGCCAUACAGAGGUCCGUUCUGCGGCCGAGCGCGAGUGCACACUGACUUCACACCCAGUCCGUAUGAUACAGACUCACUGAAGCUCAAGAGAGGAGAUGUGAUCGAUAUCAUCAGCAAGCCACCCAUGGGCACGUGGAUGGGCCUGCUCAAUAAUAAAGUGGGCACGUUUAAAUUCAUCUACGUGGAUGUGUUGGCUGAGGAAGAGGAGAAGCCGAAGCGAGCCGUUCGCAGGAGGAGGAAGGGCAGGCCGCCGAAACCCAGCUCGGUAGAGGAGCUCCUAGAGAGAAUCAACUUGAAAGAGCACAUGCCAACGUUUCUUUUUAAUGGGUAUGAGGACCUGGACACUUUUAAGUUACUAGAGGAAGAAGAUCUGGAUGAACUUAACAUCAAAGACCCUCAACACAGAGCUGUACUGCUGACUGCAGUUGAACUCCUGCAAGAUUAUGACAGUAGCAGCGAUCCGGAGCGCAGCGCCCUCUCUGGCUCUCAGGAAAAACUCCUCUGUGAGGGACGCGGCCUUACAGCCGACUCCCCGCGGGACUCUGGUUGCUACGAAAGCAACGAAAACCUAGAGAAUGGAAAGAGUCGUAAGGUCUUGCGCCACAGUCGGAGUUCAUCUGGAUUUGAUUGUGGAGCUAUCAAAUCUCCAGACUAUCCAACUCUCCCAAUGACUCAUUCCACUGAAGCUCUCCAGCAGCAGGCCAAGAAAGAUCGCAAGUUCCCAAAGACCCUUCUUCCCCGGCCCAGAAAAGGUUUCGGUCUGCGUCUCAAGAAGGGCUCCAAAUCAGGACAAUCCUCUCGCAUACCAGUCAGCCGUAGCUGUGAGGAGUUGGAUGGUCCUCCGGAGGCCCCUGAGUCCUGUAAGCGCUCACAUUCUCUGGGGGAUCUGCAUUGGGAACAGGCGUAUGAGCAGAGGAAAGACCACCAGGUGCAGAACAAGCAGCAAAGCGGCAAUAAGGAGGAAGUCAAAGUACAUCCUGUACAAUCAAAACUAGAGGAUGGUGGAGAUACGUCUGGAAGAGAGCCAGGUUCCGUUUCCAGACCUACAGUUCCUACACAGCUGUCCCUUAGCCCGGUGAGAACCCUGCCUGCUUCUAACCCCUCGAUACGCCAACCUGUCUCUGCCCCAACUAGUCCUGCUCCACGAACUCAUCCUAAAAAACCACCUAUUCCACCUCCCGUGCCUGCUAAAAAGUCCAAAGAACGUCUGCCGAAUGGUGUGCGACACCCUCCGUCGCUUCUGUCAGGUUCAGUGCCGAAUACGCCGACCCUACCCCCAAGACCUGUACACACCCCAGCCUCCACACCAUCAACUCCAGUGUCACCGGUUGAGUCUGAAACUCCACCAGCCCUUAGUCCACCCUGGUUGUCUGAUUUGCCUGAAUCUGCAUGUCCUCAGAUCCAUGGAGUUAAAGUAGCCCUCAGCAGGAAGACCUCGCAUGCCAAAACAAUUGACGUGGAGACUUUACUGGAGGACAGGAUGAGAUUAGAAGGCAUCGACCUCACCCAGGAGCCUUACUCUGAUAAGCACGGCCGGUGUGGUAUUCCUCAACUCUUAGUACAGCGAUAUUCGGAGGACUUCCAGCAGCCAGUGAAGGACGUGGCGUCCGGUCUGGAUCAGAUCAGAGUUAAACAACUGCGCAAGGAGCACCGUAUGGCUAUUCCUUCAGGAGGUUUGACUGACAUGUGUCGAAAGCCAGUGUCUCCUGUUAACUCGAGCUCUGUUUCUGAUUGGCUCGUGUCCAUCGGAAUGCCUAUGUAUUGUGCCCCUCUAUUGGCCGCAGGCUGUGACACGCUGGGUCGCGUGUCAUCCUUGAACGAGGCGAGCGCGAGGGAGGCGGGGCUGAAGGAGGAGCAUCACAUACGUAUUCUGCUCAGCGAGGCCCAACUACUCAAAGCCAACAGCAGCACAGUACAGUCAUAAUACUUACAUGACUUCAUAUAUAACUUUUAUGAAACUGUACAUGCCUGGGGGUUCAAGAGCAACAACUGUCCUAGCUGUUGCAUUAUAUCAAGAUACAAUUUCUAAUAUCUGUUAUUCCUGGUAUACUACAUACCUAUAAUCUCACAGCUGUCUGACGUUUAAAGAAAUGACUGAACUGGCUACCUAGGACUGUUACUGAAAGGUUUUCGGCAGAAAAGGUCUGGCCCAAAUCGAGAGAAGAAAGCACAGUUGUUUUUAUUCAGAGAAUUUAUGCUUUUGUAUGACUUUCAAGACUGUUCUAAACUUCUGGCUUUUUUCAUAAAGUGCGAAAUUUAUUUAGAAAAAAGCAGUAAAUGAAAAAAAAGUGUUUUUAGUACUUAUCGAUGAAGGAGAUGAGUAUCAAGAUGUACGUCACCUGGCCAAAGCGAUUUCAUUUCAUCCAGGUUUUGUUAAUAUAAUGUAACUUUUGUCUCGAAACAGAUGUAUAUUAAAUAUGUAUAUCAAAAGAUA